CGAACCGACGCUACGCCACCGAACGACUUCUCGUCGCAACUUAGCUUUGUGUUAAAAUAAUCUAUUACGCUGGUAUUAAACGUGUUUUGUGCGAAUUCCAAGAAUCCUAUAUUACUCAUUUUGAAUUGGUUACAUUACAAAAAUGUCUAACGAGACCAACGAACAGACGUGUCAACUAUUGAACAAUGAAAUAAAAGCGUUACAAUCACAAUGCAAAGAGUUAUGUUACAUUAUAGACAACAAGGAACCUCUGGACAUAAGGACAAUCAAUUCCCACAAUGUUAACGAAAAGAUGUUGUGUAGCAUUGAAAGUCUGGCUAAGCACAUCCAGAACGAAGAAACGCCAAUUAUUACUGAUAGUAAUGUGAACACUAGCACAUUUUUGACUGAACUUAAAGACAAAAUAGUACAAGUGGAAGAGCUUACAGCAUUUACUGCUGGCGCAGUCCAAGACGUUUACAAUGAAAAUAACAGAUUGAAAGCAAGUAUCAAGAUAGUCCAAGAAGCCAAGUCGCGGCCAUGGGCAGGAAGGCGCGCCGUGCAGCCCGACCAUCUGCAGCACGCCAAGCAACGCUUCCGCACCAUGAAGACAGAGCUGCAUGGUCUCAUACAUUCACUCUUCCCUGGGGCUUCUGAUGCCAUUAUGGGAGUUUUAGCAGAACUGAUGAAAGAAAAAAUGGAUCAGACUUCCAGUGGCUACAUCCAGGUGACUCCAGAGAACUAUCAUCUGAUGGAAUUGCUUAAAGACAAGAACAUUACAUCUGCCAACCCAUACAACAAAAUGGAGGUCAAAUUAGCUUUUUAGACUUUUGAGUAUAGGUAGAUUAUAUUCUUGAUUUCAUGAUUAUGACAAGGGUUCCCAAACAUAUUUACAGCUGGGUUAUUUCACCCUUUUGCUGACAAUAUGUCGGCAGGCAUAGGACUGUCAGUGAUUAUAUGAAGGCACUUGCCCUAUGUGUAGGGUAGGGACUAAUUGACUGACUUAUAUAAUAUUGUGUUACUUAUUUAGUUAUUAAACAAACUACAAUUGUCUCAUAGUUAUAUACUCUGAAUAAUGUUUUAUUAUAACAGUAAUAAAAGGCCUCGAAAGCA